AUGAAAGCGAUUAAAUUGUUUGAACAUCCUUCUCCCGAUGACGGCAAUCCCGAAGGUUACGAUCUUUAUAUGGGCAUCUGGGAAUUGAGUGUAAGCCUUGGUAACUUUAAUCAUAAUGUGGAAGAAUCGUUAAAAUUUAUAGCCGAGAACAAUACGACUUUGAAGAACACCUUCGAGCUGGUCCUGCUCAAUGAUUUUCGGAUGAAGUUCGAACUACUGCAAAAGGGAACGGAUUCCGACGAGCAGACUAUUCACGAAACUCGGGGAGAUCUUUUUAUGAGCCUCUAUAAAGAACUGCUUGAUAUAGAGAAGGACGAAACAAGGCGAUGUGGUUACUUGAAUCUUUGCUAUGAACUCUUCGACUCUGUCCAUCCAAAACUUAAUGGGCGCAAAAAGUCAUUUACUUAUCGCGUGGAACUCAUCGAUCGUUUGCAUGCUCAGGUUCAGAAGAUAUUGAAUCGUCUUAAUGGAACACCAGUCCUCGACGAUACCGAUGAAAAUGACAAUUUGCGGAAAAACGAUUUAUGUUCGGAAGAAAAGGGUCCUUCAGAGGAGAAAAUGAUGAGUGAACUGCGGCAAACUGUAAGUGAUAUUAAGCUAAACUUCUUGAAAAAGGUGGAUAAGACUCUGGAUUUGACUUUGCAAAAUCCUUCUGAGGUUCGAUCGAGGAAAGCGUCGUUUGAAAAAAACGAAAGGAAUGAGUCGAAAAACUAUAGAAGAAAUUCGAAAUUUACUAAUGAGCUUCGUUUACAUUCUCCAAGAAAGAUCAUUGAUAUAUCCGAGGAAUGCUAUUUGGUGGAUGACAUGAAAAAUAAUGUGAGGGAAAAAUUGAAUGAUAUUAUUGCUGGAAAGGACGAUCAGGAAAUACUUUCACCAAUAUUGAAAGAAAUAUCAGAAACUAGUAAUUCCGUUGAACAGUCCAUUUUAAAGAAAUUGGAUACGUCUUCGACCCAGCUUUCUGCUAAAAAUCAUACCUUUGAACAUAGCAGUAAUAAGGAAAGAAACACCAAAGACCUGGAUUUAGAUAAUAAAGAUUUAAAGACAUCAUCGCAUAGCAAUUGUAAGGAUAUCUCUGAGGAAUGCUUAGAUCUAAAUUAUAAUCUACAUCUAGGACAAACAAAUGAAGCUGUUGACGAACAGGACAAUCAAGAAAUGCUUUCGCCAAUAUUGAGUCAAAUUACCCAAACGGUGAGUGACGUAAAGCUCAACAUUUUAAAGGAAGUGGAUAAAUCUCUAUCGGAAUUGACCUUAAAAAGUUUCUCUGCCUUUUUACAAUCUGAAGAAACUAUUAAAAAUAAGUCGAAUAGUCCCGUGUUAAAUGAAGCCUGUAGUAAAUUAUCGUUAACUAAGAAAAAUGAUAUAAUGUUUGACGUUCGGCAAAAAAGGGAAAAUGACAAAACUGUAUCGGAUUUUACCUUACAAAAUACUUCUGAAGAAAGAAUUAAAAAUAUGUCGAAAACACCGGUGUUAAAUGAAGCUUGUCGAAGAUUAUCGUUAACUAAGGAAAGUAAUAUAAUUUUUGAAAUAUCGGAGGAAAGUAACUUUGGGAAAAACCAAGAAAAAGAAAAGGAUACAACUGUAUCAGAAUUGACCUUAAAAAGGACUUCUAACGCUUCCACCUCUUUAUGGAGAAAUCCAUCUGAAGAAAAUAUUAAAAAUAAGUCGAAAAAUCCGUCACUGAAUGAAGCUUGUAAAAAAAUAUCGUCAACUAAGGAAAGUGAUAUAAGCUUUGAAAUAUCGGAGGAAAGUGACGUUGGGAAAAACCAAGAAAAGGAAAAGGAUACAACUGUAUCGGAAGUGACCCUAAAAUGUACCUCUGACGUUUUACUAAGAAAACGGACCGAUGAAAAAUUUAAGAAAAUGUCGGUAAAUUCUGAGUUUAGUCAAAACUCUGGAGGAAGUAAUGCCAUCAUGGAUUUAUGUAAGGAAUGCGAUAUUAAGGUAAACUAUUCCAAGGAGCUAGAUAAGUACAUUGCUGAAGGUUUAAGUAUAAGGAAAAGAAACUGCAAUGAAGUGGUUAGGCACAAUGGGUCUGGGGAUUUGAAUGUAUCUCUCGUAAAAAAUAAUGUUCAAAAAAGUAGAAAAUCUUUGCCUACAUGGCAGCAUCAACGGCACAUUAUUGCCGCCCCUCGUGCGAUAAUUAAAAACUUCAAGUCGAACUCUUCCUAUGAGUGGUCCCCUCAUGAUCCGAAUGCUCCUGAUUUCUAUGAACAAUUGGAUCAAUUUUUUGAGAUUACAGGGCAAAGAAAAUGUGGCUCAGCCUUUGAUAUUUGUGUAUCAUCGAUUCAAUCGCGUUUAUGUCAGAUUCUGAAACGCCUUCCGAGGGAAGAAAGAUACUCCGAUUGGAUGGCUACAGUGGGAAAAUGCAAUUUGGAACAGUUGCUUACUCGAAACGAGAGAAACAGCUACGAAACCUUGCGCUGGCAAUCGAGGGAUACGGGUGACCAGGAUCUAUCUGCCGGGUCUCGAUUCACCGAUGCUCUUCAUGGAAUGAUGGGCUACGAAUCGCCACACUUGAAGGUAUCCGCCAUAACUGGCAGGCUGCAAAUGCGUUCGCCUCAGCAUCAGGAUAGCAUCAGUGAGUCCUAUCUGCUGCUGAUGCUUGGCCACUUGGGUUACUUCUAUCGGGAGCUGAAGGAGCACCUGGGGAUACUUGGCCAACGGGGAGAGACGGCUGCUGCUCUACGAAAAUCUCUGCAAAAGUAUCUCUUGAAUUUCUAUCAGUUCUAUGAAAUGCAAACGAAAAACCCCUGCAGUCUCCUCUGUUUGUACCGACAGACUCGUGGCUUUCAGCUGCAAUUCCAGUGGCUUCUGGAUGUCCUGCAUAAUAUUCAGAAUGAAGAAUCUAUUAUAGUUUCGCUUUAUGAAGAAUCCGGUCUAAGAUUCGGUUGUCAAAGAAGUUUACUGUUGAAAUGGUUAAGUGUGGCGAGCCAACCGCUGAUAAACCGACUUCAACAGUGGCUACUUAGCGGUCAUCUCAAUUCUUCAGAUUCUUCGGAUGAGCUUUUCAUUGAACGAAGUUUAGCAUCGAAUACCAAUGAUUUUUGGCAGAAACGCUAUCGAAUUACAGAACAUUUUUCUAUCCUAUUUGAUCCCCAGCUCAUUGAAACUCUGAUUAGCGUGGGAAAAACUUUAAAGUACUCACAAAAGUAUUUGGGCAUCAAGGUGGAAACUUGUCUAAGUGGCAAAGAGCUACGUAAUAUAUUGCAAGAGACAUUUGAGCAUUUCUAUCUAUAUGGCGAACAGGAACCUCUCUAUGUAUUUCUGCGAAACCUACACUCGGAAGUGUCUGGCGAGGUCCUUAAACAACUUCGGGAAAUGCAGCCCAAGCCGGAGUAUCUCUUCGCCCAGCUUCACAAGUACAUAAUGCUAACGGACGUGAAGUUUAUCAGGGAUUUUAUAGAUACUUUUGAGGCAAUCCUUGGUGAACCGGAGAGCUUCUUUAAUAUUCGAUUGUUCAAUGAAAUGAAAGAUCAGAGGCUAUGCAAACCUAUUCAGGAUCUCUAUAUAGAUAAGGGUAUAGGCGAAGGAACCCGCUGUUGGUCACGUCUUGUCCUCCGCUGGAAGCUGCCGAAUCACUGGAUUGCUCUGCUCGGCGAGGAUGCCGAGGAAUAUGAAGCCAUUUCCACAGCCCUGUGGCGAUUUCGUUAUGUCGACUAUGUGCUGUGUGAAAGGAUAUUUCGGCAAAGAACGGAAAUUCUCAAUCGCAUAGACUUUAAAUAUUUCGGGGGCCUCGAAGAGACUUUCAAUUGUUUCGGCAAGCUUAUCAACAUGUGUCUGGAUUUAAUGAAAGUUCUAAGGCAGUAUUUUUUCAAGAAUUUACUAGAGCCAGCAUUUGCAAGACUUUUGCUGGCCUGUUAUAACGCCAGCACUCUCGACGAUAUAGUAGAGGCCAAUAGAAUAUAUCUUAAGUCCAUAAAAUUGGGUUGCAUGCAAACGAACAACCUGCGGAAAUCGAAUCAAUAUCUAGAUCGACUUUAUAAUUUUAUACUCAGACUCGAUGAUAAGCAGCACAAGUUCUUCAAGCUGUGUAAAACUUCAAUAGACUAUGUGUUGGAAGUUCGCCUAAAAAGUUCACACAAUGUGCUUUCCAAUUACUAUAGAAAUCGAAUGCUAAACUUUCGUUGGACCUGUGAAAAUUACACAGAUGUCAUUAACGAGCUGAGAGAUCAGUUUAUAAUGGCAAUGAUAAGCUUCUUAUUUAGUCUGCAUUUGUCAGAUGAAGAUUCCUUAAGGUCGCUGGCUCUAAGUUUGGAUCCCAAGGGCUACUAUAUAAGAAAGGAUAACAAAUUGCGUCUAGUGCAAUCGUUCGAGUUCAAAAGGAAGACGGCAAAAAGUAGCUUAGUGAAAAGUAUUUGACAAUCUGUUUAGAAAUAAUUGUAAAUUUAUUUAUAUUGUUUUGUAACUGCAACAUGUGUAAAUAAAAUCAGGUA